UCCCGAACGGCGAGCAAAGACAGCGGCCGACUGUGCGCUGAGUGUAUGUGCAUGUGUGCUGUUUUGUUGCUACGCCAGUUGCGACGCGAAUUUGUGUAAGAAGUCGGCGUUUCGGCAGGCAGACCGCGACACCGGCCGACGCGUGAAUGUGCGUGCUUGCGUUGGGCUGGCGAGAGGGCGUCGGCCGCGGCGCCCAGCGUCGGCAAUCGGCGUGCUAACGGGCGGGCGGGCCGUGCCGUGCAGCGCGGCGCUGCAUACCCGGCCAUCUUAGCUUCGCGAUCGUGCCAGAGCGAUGCCCGAGCGCCAUUUGAUCUGUCGACCGACUGUUUUCCACGUUUGCCGUUGCCCUCAGCUCGUCGACAAUGCGUCGGCUGAUACGCCGCGUAGCUGAGUAGCCGUCCGUGCCGAAAGUUCGGCGGUCGAAUCCGCCGCCGCGAUGGACACUCAGCGGACGACUCAGCGCAUUAAGCGCAGGAAGCGCGCCCAGCGCAUUCAGGCCGAGCGGGACAAACAAAAGUCGGCCGAGGCCGUCGGCAAGUUGAAUGACGACAGUGCCGACGAGUCGCCGACCAGGCAGAAGCCUAGCAAGCCUCCCAGCCGCCGCAAGAAGCUCAAGGAGCCCCUCUACGAAGAGGACAUCAUCGACGGAUUCGCCAUUCUCGCCUUCAAGACCUACGAGGACCUCGAGAACGCCGUAAAGACUCAUUCCGAGAAGCACCAAGCGCGGCACAAAAAGAAGAACCACGUUGUGUCUGAUUUGGACACGUCUCCGGCGCCAGUCAAGAACUCGAAGGCCAAGUCGGCGGCGUCGGCCACUCAGAACGAUAUCAAGAACUCGCCGCAGGCGCGCUUCAACAACCACCACAUCUCGUCUUCGCUGCACAGCAAGAGCCAUGGACCAGGCGUUCCUGCCAAUAACACCAAUGGCAAUCAGGCCAGUUACCCAUCUCCUUACGAUUCUGGCGGAGGCAGCAGCACCGGUGGUGAAAUAACUAGGAUUAAUGGUCCAGCUGGGUUGAUGCCCCUGAAGGACGGCUUGAGGGAUGAUCGCCUUAGUGAUAUCCAAAAUGCCGAAGAAGAAGCGGAAAGCCAGAAAAUAAGUGCCAGCAGCAACGCCAGUUCUGGACGUGGAUAUAUCUGUGAUAGCGAGAGUGAGGAUGACAAGGCUUCUGAUACUGGCUCUGAUCUUUUUACUGCAUCCAGGAAAUCAGGCGAGCUGCCGGCCAGCCCGCGUCGAUCAGCAACGGCCCCAAGCGCAGCGGCCAUCCCCACGAGCUCGGCAGCGACCAACCUGCCGCCGCCCCCGACGCCGGCCCCCUCGCUGCCGGGGGUGAUCUCGCUGCGGGUGCCGCACCGGCCCUCGCGGCGGCCCCUCAACUGCCUGCAGCCCGCCUCCGCCAGGGCGUCCCCCGACUCGCCGCCGCCGAGGGUGCUCUCGUCUGCGUCGCCACCGCCCUCCGCCCUGGCGGCCGUCGCGGCUAUGGUCACCGACACGGCGGCCGCGGCGCCGCCCGGCUCCGCGGCGCCCUCCUACCCUCCCCUCUACGCACCCUACUCGUCGGUGACGGUACCGGGAACGGCGCCGUCACCCUACAUGGCGCCGUCGUCACCUGGAGCUGCCGCUGCGAUCCACCGGAACGAGCGGCUGAGCAAGUCGCCGGCGCCGAACGCGAGCAAGUCGACGUCGGGGUCGCCCCUGCAGCCCCCGGCAGGUGGCGGCGGCUCCCUGUGGACCCCGGCCAUCAGCUCCGGCCCCCCGUCGGCCGCGGCUUCCUCAUCGUCGUCGGCCGCGUCCUCGGCUGCGGCCACAGCGAAUCGUGAUACAAACUCGACUUCCUCCCUUGGGAAACCACACUCACCAAGCGCGGAUAGAGAUCUCUUCGGAAAUGUGAGCAGUCUGAGCAGGAGCUCGUCGACGGCCGCGGCGAGCAGUACGCAGGCCGCGGCGAGCACGUCGACGUCGACGCCAGGCGGCCUGCUCAGCUUCAGUGCCAAGUCCCCCGUGGUGUCAGCCAGCGUGGCGCCCCCGCCGUGGGCCGCCUCGUCCCUCAACCCCCUGCCGGUGCCGGUGUCAAGCGCGGCGGCGUCCGCCUCCUCGUCGGGCCCGUUCGCGCCGCCCGUCUCGGCGCCGCAGCUGUUCCAGCCGCCGCACCUGGCGCCGCCGCCCGCCUCGUCGCCGGCCGUCUCGUCAGCCCAAGCGGCGGCCACGACGACGGCGGCCAACCCGAACCCCUUCUCAGCCGAGUCGCUGUUCACGUCGAGCGCGGACAUGCUGCGCCGGGAGCUGGACUCGCGAUUCCUGGCCUCGAGUCAGGACAGGGCUGCGUUGGCGCCGCCACCCUUCCUCAGGGCCGAGAUGCAUCACCACCAGCACCAACACACGCACGUCCACCAGCACACCACCUCCCCGAUCAUCCCGCCGAUGAUGCCGCCGCCUAUGGUUGGCCAGCGGAGGGCCUUCAAGCAAGUGUUGAAGAAUUUUAAAGACAUUCCAAAACUGCCCGGCGUAGACAGCCCCUUCUACAGGCAGUCUAGUUUGGCCCUGUCAGCCUACAACUCGUUCACCCCCGGUCUCAUGCAUCCUGGCAUCGGGGGCACGCCUUUCAAUCCGCCAACCCUCACGCCGUUCGCCCCGAAGAUUGGACCAGACCCAUCAAAACCCAAACCAGUGCAGAAAUCGGGCAAGUGGAACGCCAUGCAUGUACGCAUCGCCUGGGAAAUCCACAGCAAGCAGCAGAACAAGGCGGCCGAGGUGAAGGCGGCGGUCAUCGCAGCCGGCAAGCAGCAGCCGGCGGAUCUCCUGCGGCCCCCGUCAGGGCCGCACCACAUGCUCGGAGGCCCCCUUCCGCCCCCGCAGAUGAACCCUGCGUCGACCGCGUUCGCAGCGCUACAGCCCCCGGCGCCACCUCACCACAGACCGUCGCCUUUCGUCGAGCCGCCCCCUCCCGCGUCCUUCUUGUCGCCCCACCUGUCGCCUUUCCCCAGGUUCCCUGGGUUCGCACCACCCGGUGCCUCGCCCUUCUCGGGCCUCUCGCCUCUUGGCGCGCCCGGCGUCUUCCCUGGCCGCGAGAUAAACUCCCUCGGACAACUCUCCUCGCCCGUGCACGACCAAUGGAGCAGGCUUCACCGCACCGCGCCAGGCUUCCCUCCGCCAACACACGGCAGUCCUUGGUCGUCAAUGAGCAAGGGUGAGCUGGAGCGGCGCGAGAUGGAGGAGCGGGAGCGGCUGAAACGGGAGCGAGAACGCGCCGAAAUGGAGAGAGAAAGAGCUGAGAAGGAGCGGGCGGCGCAGCAGGCGGCCGCUGAGCUGGCGCGCAAGAAGUCGCAGGAGGAGAAGGAGCGACGGGAGCGCGAGCGGGAACGCGAACUCGAGCGACGGGAGCGCGAGCGCGAGAAGAAGAUGAUGAUGGAGCGGCAGCAGCAGCAGCAGCAGAUGCAGCACCACCAUGGCCACCACUCUAGUCACCACCACCGGAACACGGCCGCCACGCCGCCUGACCGGAAGCCACCGGUCGGACUCUCGCACAGUAGCAGGGACCGCUCGCCGCUGCGCAACCCGGCCAACGAAAACGGCGACAUCAAGAUCAAGGCCGAGGACGAAAAGAUUGCCGCAGCGAUGAUGGAGCGCGAACGCUACCUGUACAUGGCGCGUCAGCACGCCGCGGCGGCAGCGGCGGCGAUGCCGCGCGGGAUGCCGUCGGGGGCGGGAACACCGCUGCCGCCGCACCCGUUCGCGCCACCACCGGCCUGGGACCCGUACCACCCGCACCGCUUCGACCCGAUGGCGAUGCGCUUCAACCCUCUGGCGGCGCACGCGGCCGCCGCCGCCAUGUUUCGAGAGCGCGAGGAGGCGGCGAUGGUGGGCGCCCCGUCGCUCUACGGACCGCCGAUGAUGGAGCGCAAGCCACCCCCGCAGGGCACGCCUGGCAAGCUGACGACGCCGCCUCCAUCAGCGGCCGCGCACCACCUCUUCUCGCCCCUGCCGCCGCUGCUGGGCGCGCCGACGCCUCCGUCAGGCAAGCUGCCGCCUCCACCGUCGCCCAAGUUAAUGCCCCCGGGCCCGCCCCUGCUGCCGCCGCAUAAACUGUCGACGCCGCCGUCGCGGCUCGUCGACAUGGACAUGCACAAAAAGGAGUCCGAGUCUCAGUCGUCGAGAUAGUGAACGAGGACAAGCUGAUCGUUGUUGUUAGUUAUUUAUUGACACGGCGUGUGUGUCUGCUCUGCGUGAAACUGAAACUGCUGCUGAAUCCUGCGAGCCGCGUGACAGCGUAUUUAAUAUUUUGAAAGAGUAUAUCUGUGAUGAAAUUAUGUAGCAAAGAAAAACACACAAAACACAAACAAAACACACGCGCGUGGAAAUCCACACUCACUAUACGAGAGCUUGUCUAAAUUGAAUUUCGAGAUUCCAUUUGCUCCUCUUGUCCUGCCGAAAGAAGGUCCUCAAAUUUUAUUAGUAUUUACAAUACGCAUUUAACUUUCCUAGUGCUCUUCAUCAUUUCUUCCUCAGCUUGAGGAAAUUAGGAGGUGCCCAAAUUUAUGUAGCCCAGAUUCUUGAAGUGGAAUUCCUGACUGGAAAUACUAGAUGUGGCUAUUUAUUGUCAAAUCGUGAAUAUGAAAUGAAUUCUCAAUUUGUCAGAUAACGAUCAAAUUUGCGACUUUUUUCGUUUCAAAUGGAUUUCGUACGAGUGAUGAUACGCGUGAUAAGCUUUUAAUUCAAAUUUCAAAAUCUUACAAAAUAAUCAGCUUGCUAGUCUCGGAAUUGUUCAUUAAAAAAUCGUAUUGUCUUAGUCAAGAUAAAUUGUUUUUAAGCCUAUCUUCUUUGCAAAAUUUUAUUUUCUGAAAGUUAUUUUAAAACCAAAACUUUUAAAAAUAUAUUAUCCACAGUUACAAAUAAUCUGGGCUAUUUUAACUCUGGACAAACUCCAUUUAUAUUUUGGCAAUUUUUGGGUGCAUUGCCUAUUAGUAAAUUGUCCAAACGAAUCUUCAGACAUUUUCUUUCUGCAGGACAAAGCAAAUCAACCUGCUGAAUCAAAUUAAAAAUGUUUAUUUACUCUCGAUUUCAAUCUCACCCUUGAAACUAAUACAGAAAAAGUUAGAACGAAACUAGACGUGAUAAGUUUAAAAAUCUACUUUUGAGUUUCCGAAUUGACUGAAAUGUUUUCAUUAUACAGAAAAAUUAAUGUGGAAUUGGCUCCGGUUUUACUGAUCAGAUCAGACGUUAGGCAAUCGAUCGAUUGAUUUGUACUUGAUAAUUAUUGGUGUGCAGUACCAGCAGUAUUGGAAAUAGAGACCAGUGGAGAGAAUUCUUCUUUAUACAUAAAUAUACUGAGUAUUUAGGUAGCAAUCAUGUCUGCAUGUAUUGGUGUGUAUGUCUCACAGGAAUCAACAUUUUUGAUAUAAAAUUCAACUAACGUAACUGUGAAUACUGCAAUUAAUUGAUUAAUCAUUGUUAUAUCAUUUUAAUACCCCCGAAGGCAUCAAUUACAAGCAAUGACGUCGUAUAACUGAUACACCUAAGCCCUCCCCUUCCCCUCUUUACUCCCUCAUGCGAUUUAUAGUUUUCGGUUCACCGUGCCUUUUGUUGAUAUGCGAGUUUGUUAUUUAUUUUUCGUUCUGUGAUUUUAUUAAGCGUAAUUUAGCGAGACCAUCCGCCGUGCUUUUAGCGGACACGCAUUUCUGCUGGUUUUGCUCCCUGGCCCUGCCCCUACCCUCCCCUCUCAAAAGGCAACUCAAUCACGCACCAAAAUGCAUUGAAAUUUUUCCAACAAUGUUGGCUGUGCCUCCGAACUCUAUUUAGACUUUGCGUGAAAAUGUUGACGAUUCGGAGGAGAACUUUGCGAAUCUUUCUGAACGACCGAGAAAAGCGAAUGCAGUUAAAUGCAGCUUACUUGUACGCGAGAGAUGAAUCUGUCUGUGUUGAAGUGUCAAAACAUAAGUGAGGAAAAAGGCUUGUCUUUGAUACUCAUUUUUCGUUAUUUAUUUUGUAGCUCCGUUACUACAACAGCAGCUGAGUGAAGAGUAAAAAAAGCGAGACCAACGUAAAUAUUUCGAUAACGCAGUUCCGAAUUGGCCCCUCUCCACAUUGUGCUCUUUGCUUGUUCGUGAAGCGUCCAUAUCAUGAAUUUACUAAUUGUUUUUGUCUAACGAGUGUUGGCGGGCGGGCGGUCCACGCGGAUCUCUCGUUCUCCUCGCUCGGCCCGCGCCUCUCUCAGGGCCGCCCGCGCCCUCGGAAGCCAAUUAAUCGAUUCCUCCAAUCACGCCGCUGUGUGGUUGUUGUUGAUACACACUCAAUUCACAAAUCCACAGAUCUUUCAAUGUGACCACCAUUACUAAGAAGAGUUUAUAUGAACGAGUCGAACAACUGAAUCAAAUCGUAGUGGAGUGGAAACGGUUGUGCGAGAGAAUUCACUUCCCAGACCAAACGGCGCCCCUGCAGUGUAGAUAUUCCAAAAGUAACUCAACCAACGCAGGGCUGCUUACCAGUUAAUGAAAUAAAAAGAAUUAAAAUGAAACGAGGGUACACACACACACACACUAAAGAGAAAAAUGCAAAAACUGUUGGAUGUUAAGGGUGCGCAGCAGAGUUUGCUCUCUGCGCCGACCACACACACACACACACACUCACUAUUUCCCGCUCUGAUUCGGCGCCGCCAGAAAAUCGCGCGUGCAGAUACGUGGUGUAUUUAUUGCCCUUGAAUAUUAAAAUUAUUAUUAUUAUGUAUAAUGAACCAGGGCAUUGUGAAUAUUAACAAUAUUUAAACACGCCCUAAGCUGUACUGUAAUAUAGUGUUUCUAACAAAAUAUAUAGUGGAGCAGUUGCAACGACUGUUUCAGUUGAAAAUA